AUGUUCUUUCAUUAAGAAUUUAAGCCCUAGCUUGGAAGUUCUGAAUCUUCUGCUCUAUAUGCGGAUUUAUACAAUCCUAAUCAUGAAUAGUCUGAAUAAUAUGAAUCAAUCUAUGAUUAUUUCAACCAAAAUAGAAGAAAAAUAACCUUAAAUUUGAAAAAGUCUAGAAAGAUUAAGCUUGUAGAUACUAAGAAAGUUUUUGAUAAGAGGCCUAGUCACGAUUCUACGAAUAUGAAUUUUAAAAAUAUGAAUAAGGUGAAGGAUUCGUUUGAUGAGAAACUUCAAAUGGAUAAACUCUAAACAUCUCCUAAAUAUAUGUUGAAGUAACUCGAAGAUCAUGUUCGCAAUGAGGCAAAUGAAUCUGGCAUGCCUAAUAAAGUACAUAAAGACAAAAUUAAGCUGGCUUAGAUCUAAAAAAGCAUUGAUAUCAUGAAGAAAAAGUAUGAGUCUAAGAAUAAUCUAGAUAUUUUGAGGUUUUUUGAUAGACUUGGAAUUGACCUAAUUAUCUAAAAUCAAACUUUAUAUGAGUAGUUUUGCAAUAGAGUAAAUUAAUCGAUGAAUGAAAAGAAGACAUAUUAUUAGCCAAACGAUCAUCUUAUGAAGAUGUUUUAAAAGGAGGAAGAAGUUAGUAUCAAUUGGAAUUAAAUAAAAAAAUUUAGAAGAAGUAGUCUUAACAAUCACCUACCAUCUACUAUCAAAAGUUUUGACAGAGUAGCAUUUAUUACUGCAUAAAAUGAAUAGUAUAAUUAGCAAUCAGAAAGAACACUCGAUAAUAUGAAAUCCAAAGAGUUUGAAAUACUUGAAAGGAUUCUCUCACCAAAAAAGUAAAUGAAGAUAAAAAACUUCCUUGAAAUCAAUAAGCACUAAAUAUCAAGCGAUUUCACUGAUAGAAGUAAACUUAUUGAUGACAGUAAAAUGAAAUACGGGGGAUACUCGAUCGAAAGUAGCAGACCUUAAAUAUUUAGGGGAAGUUUAAAUGAGAGUCCUAACAGAUUUUAGAGUUUGUAUGAUUUCUUUCAAAAGUCAAGAUUUGACGUCGAAUAGCAAAUAUGUGCAAAGAAAAAGUAGAAUAACUCGUAGAUAUUUGAUGAUGUAAACAGAAUUUUAGAUGAUUGUACUGAUUACACGUCAAGACUUCAUGAGUCAGAGCUUAUUAAUAAAGUAGAUAGUGAAGCUUAAAUGAUUUAAAAGGAUAAUGAACUUUUCAAAGAGGGUUUAUAAGAGUACUUAAACAUGGAAAAAGACGAAUUACUCUAUGGCAAAAGUUUACAAGAUGUUGUUAAAGAGAGAGGCUAUUAAAAGUUUCAAGAUUAUGAAAAUUAUAUGAAUCCUGAUGUGAUUAAGAAGAUGCAGGAUAGAAGUAAUGAGAUUGCAAUGUACUUAAAUGGCAAGAAAUAAAUUUGGAAACCAGAUAAAUUUGUGCUCUCCAAAAAGAGCAAUUACGCUAAGGAUCUCAACGAUUUAUUUGACAAAAGAUGA